CCGGCGGGGGGCGCUGCGGGCGGGCGCCAUGGCGGAGCGGGCGGCGCCGGGCGGUGCGGGCUCCGAGGCUGCCGCGCCGGUGCCGGCCGCAGCGCAGGUCCCCGAGCUGUCCCGCGAGGAGAAGCUGCAGCUGCGGAAGGAGAAGAAGCAGCAGAAGAAGAAGAAGAGGAGCGAGAAGGAGCCGGCGGCGGAGCCCCCCGAGCAGGGAGCAGCGCCCGAGCCCGGGCAGCCCCGCGUCACUCCUCACCCCUCGUCCUCACCAACCUUGGCCGAUGGCCCCAACAAUGGUGAGAAGCCCACAGGGGGCAAGAGCAAAGCCGAGCUGCGAGCAGAGCGCCGGGCCAAGCAGGAGGCUGAGCGGGCCCAGAAGCAGGCCAAGAAAGCAGAGCUGGGCCAGGCAGCCACACCAGCCAAGCCCAGGCUGACCCCCACUGAGCCCCCAACCGGUAAAGAUGUUGUCACAGCUGGGGUGCAGAGGGCAGUGGUGAAGCGGCUGCCAGAGCACAUGCAGGUGGAUGACCCUGCUGCCCUGAGGAAACUAGCCAAGAAGCUGGAGCGUCAGCAGGUUCCUCUGAGGCAGGACUACGGCACCAAGGUCAACCUGUUUUCGCAUUUGCACCAGUACAGCCGGAAGAAGCCGCUGACGCAGCAGAUGAGCAUCCCCUCCACAGUAAUUCACCCAGCUGUGGUGCGCCUUGGCCUCCAGUACUCCCAGGGUAUCAUCAAUGGUUCCAAUGCCCGUUGCAUUGCCCUGCUAGAAGUCUUCAAACAGCUGAUCCGGGAUUAUUCCACUCCCCCUAAUGAGGAGCUGUCACGGGACCUGGUGGCCAAGCUAAAGCCACACAUCAGCUUCCUGAACCAAUGCCGGCCCCUCUCAGUCAGCAUGGGCAAUGCCAUUAAGUUCCUCAAGAAGGAGAUUUCGUGCCUACCUGACACCCUGAGAGAGGAGGAGGCAAAGGAGAAGCUGCAGAGCACUAUCGACAACUAUCUACGGGAGAAAAUUGUUUUGGCAGCUGAAGCCAUUUCAAAAUCUGCCUUUGAGAAGAUAAAUGACCACGAUGUCAUCCUGGUGUACGGAUGCUCGUCCCUGGUGAACCGCACGCUGUGUGAUGCCCACAUGCAGAAGGGCCGGGCGUUCCGUGUGAUCGUGGUGGACAGCCGGCCGCGGCUGGAGGGCCGGGAGACACUGCGCCGGCUGGUGCGCAAGGGCAUUCACUGCACCUAUGUGAUGAUCAACGCCAUUUCCUAUGUGCUGCCUGAGGUGUCCAAAGUGCUGCUAGGAGCCCAUGCGCUGCUAGCCAACGGCUCAGUCAUGUCCCGGGUGGGGACAUCCCAGAUAGCGCUGGUCUCCAAGGCUUACAACGUGCCCGUGCUGGUGUGCUGUGAGACCUACAAGUUCUGCGAGCGGGUGCAGACAGAUUCCUUUGUCUCCAACGAGCUGGAUGACCCCGAUGACCUGAUCGUGCUCCGCAAGGGGCAGGCCCAGCUGGGCGGCUGGUCAGAGAACAAGUCCUUGCGCCUCCUCAACCUGGUCUACGACGUGACACCGCCCGACCUGGUGGAUCUGGUCAUCACAGACCUGGGCAUGAUCCCCUGCACCUCGGUGCCCGUCGUCCUGCGCGUCAAGAACGUGGAUCAGCAGUAGGGGCGGCAGCACGGACCCUAAUAAAGCAGGCCCCGUGUUAA